AUGUCCUGGUAUUCAUCCUGGAUCCCAGGUUUACCUAGCUUCAACUUCUCCAUCCCUAGCGGUAUUCAAGGUCGCUUCCUAUCAUUCGUGCUGAAGAAGGCGUUAGGACACCUCCUCAAACCCGGUCAGCUCGAUUAUCAUCAAAUUGACUCUCAAAUCGGCUCGGGAUACGUGCAGGCUAUAAAUGCAUAUUUGGAUGGUCUUCCUAUUUCUCUACAUUCUGGAACGAUAUCGUUUAUCAAAGCCCGGAUUCCAUGGCCUAACCCUCUGGCCUCCACAUUGGGCUUUUCGCUGAGGUCUCUGCAUCUCGUGUUCCACGUCAUCCCUCACAUUAAUCAAAAGGGUAGCGAAGGAAUUGAUUUAACAGAGUCUGUCGUCUCUGUCGCCGAAUCUUUCAUUCACCAGGAAUUAUCUUCGGGGGAAGAAGCCACUCUUUGGCAAUCGUUCCAUCACGAAGCCGCACUGCACUCCAGCUAUGACGAAGAUCACAGCAUUCCUGGCGGCCUUGACGUGCCAGCUUCGGCUGAAGAAACUUCUCACUCUUUGGAUUCUGAUCCAGCUGGAGUCUCGGUGUUUGCGAGUCUUAUUGAGCGUUUGCUGGCGAGAUUUGAGUUUGAUGUCCAAGAUGUCAAAAUUACUUUGGUACAUCCAGAUAACAUCAGUUUGACCUUGUUUCUGGAUGAUGUUCGGUAUCAUACUGACUCUCGUAUCAAAACGACUAUUUCAACGGCUCCUCCAGGUAGUCUGGUCGAAGGAGAAACUCGGACUCUAUCCGUCAACGGGUUGACUUUGUCUUCUCGCAAUCUUUCGUCUGCUUCCUCCCAUACCUUCUUCCAGUAUGUCACAAAAUCACCUGAACCUCGAUCGCCCAGCGUUGCGACAUCUCGGCCAAUUUCUCGCCGAUCUUCCCAGUCCUCUUUAGACGACGCUGCACAGUUUAUGAUGUCUCAGUCGCUCGCUGUGCUUCCACCAAGGCCACCAUCCUCAACGGGCUCAGUGUCCAGUAGUAUGUACGAAAGCGCCAUUUCCACAAUUUCUUCCCACAAAGAUCCGCAGGAAACCCUUCCAACUACUCUUACUGAUGCACAUAGUGACGUUGAGGAACAAGACACAGUAUUGGCUCCCGAUACAAAUGUGGACAAUGUCGAUGAGGUUCUCGUAUCAUUUGGACGUCAACCAAUCAAUUUUUCUCUGACGACACCUUCGCCCGUCACCGAACCACCAGAAGACGAUGAUAACCCAUUCAUAUCGUCAGCAGAUCCCAACCCUGGCGAGGAGCCACUUAGGCUUUCUGCAUCAAUCGGUGUUAUAGCUUGCGCAAUGAAACCUUGGCAAGUGGACGCACUGCUGCAACUGGGAAAGGUUAUAGUCCCCUCAGUCCCCUCCAAAAGUGUGUCGAGCAACGAUUCUGGUAACAGGGGCGAUUCGAGAAAUCAAUUUCCAUCUCUAAGGGUCAACGCACAAAUACGUGGAAUCGUCGUCAUCCUUGUCCCCCCUUCGCCCAAUGAGGUUGAUGUGACGGGAUAUUUUGAGAAGCCUAUGACACCUCCCUCGCUGAAGCAUGGCUGUAUACGACUACAUUUGGAUACAUUGUCGGCCUCCAUAAGGAUGGCUAACGUGGGGGUAGAAAAAUCAGCAUCGUCAACCUCAAAUCCCAUACCUACGGUACCGGAGACCAGGUCGACAGAUUUCACCAUUGCAGAUAUAUCUAUAUUCUUGUUCCGGGGAACAACGGGAUUUAAUGACGAGACAUUAUCCGCCUUUCCUCUCCUUCUAACCGAUCCUUAUCUGUCUUCUCAGUAUCCUCAUAGGCAUAUACAUCCCCAAUCAAAUGAAGGAUACCCUAUUCUACCCAACUUUGAGGUCAUUGACUGGACGAAUAAGGAAAGCCGGAGCUAUGGUACCAAAUUAUCAUUUUGGCGCUGCCAACAGAAAUAUAGUAAAUUUAAGGCUCAGACACUUGCAUCUCCCGGGAAGUUGAAGGAAUCGCAUGCGGGGCCGCUACCUGCUAUCAGGUUUCUCAGUCGAACCAAGGAAGAUACCGGUCGGGUGUCAAUAGACCAAACUACCGACAUUCAAAUUGCUCCUCUUAACAUUCGUAUCGACUUGGAGUGUCUUCUUCAACCAGGUGGUCCUUUGUCAUUUUUUGAAGCUUUGGUUCCUCAAACGCAGGAUGACCGUGACCAUGACUCUCUUUCGUCUGAAGACACUAUUGAGAAUGAUAUGCAUGCCUCUACAUGGAAUAUGGCAGCAAAGAGCAAAGUUGCAAAGGGACCAAACAUUUUCAAAACUCAUGAUCAGCAGCGAUCUAACAAGCCGGAUCUUACCAGAGACGGUAAUCAGUCACGCAUAACAAUCAAGUUCCCUCUAAUUCGACUGGCUGUCCGGUCCCCUCCUCCUCGAUUAAAUGCCCGCUCCGGCACUCUCGUUGUUGACUGGCAUAAUAUUAUAGUGCGGCAUGGCGCGCAUUCGCCUAGGGCAUCGGCCAGAUUUGCCAACGACAAUGAAAUCCCCUCACGCAAUCUCGAUUUUUCAGAAAAAGAUACCCUUCUCAAAAUUGAAUUUAGCAGACUGGUUAUAGCCUGCUCGAUGGUCGGAGCCACCACAGCCUUUACUUUUGCGUCUCUUGGCGCCCUCACAGAUCUAGAGACUGACAAUCCAGAGUAUCUUCCUUCUCAGUCCCCCCCUUCAUUACAGCCAACAAUCUACGUUAUCAAACCACCUCUUAGCCCGUCACGCGCAACGCCAACCUUCGCACUCAGUAUCGAUAUCCCUGCGGUUCAUGUCGAUCUUUCGAAGCAAGAGUUCGAUGCCUUGCAAUAUUGGGUGGAUGACCUAAGUCAGCUGUUAGAACGCCUAUCGGGUAGACUUAACAACGAGUCAUCAUCGUUUGCCGGAGAUAGCAAGGACGUGAGUCUCAUUGGAACAUUUGUUAGGGUUAUGAUCCCGCGCACUGAUUCUGAUAGCAUUGCUCCACGACCAUUUGACAUCAAAGCGUCAGACAUUGACGUUCUUGUGGAAUUAAAUCCUGACAACAAACAACAGACAAUCCUUACCCUUGGGGUGUCUGACUUAAUUAUGGAGAAUACCGACUUCGACGGAAAACUACAGAGAUCAACUAUCAAACUUCGAUUCUCGACAUCCACUAUGCCAAAUCUUAAUACUAAAGAGACUCGAAUCAAAUUAACUGUAUGCGGUUUCACGUACCGUUUCUAUCCAGAUGUUCGUUGGAUCUCUGACUUGGCUGUAUUUGCCAAAAAUCCUCCUGGGACAUUCGAAUCCGUCAUACCAAGCGACCGAACGCGUAUUUUUGUGAAGAUAGUCGAUGGCUCUGUCUGCCUUCUGGCACCACAGUAUCCUGGAUCCAUUGUGACCUAUUUGCAUGAAUUGGACUUCUCAACGGAUGUUGUGGGCGAUUCUCGGGACUCCUCGUUUCAUAUUUCAGCAACCUCCCUAGCGCUCCUUGCAAUAGACGACACCCAAGACCAGCGUGUACCCGAGUCCUCUAGAUCACCUCCGCAGGGGUUAUUAUCAUGGACAUCUGCGGGCUAUGCACUAGUAGCUGAAGUAGCGGAAUUGGAUACAAACGUCGUUAACCAACUCUCUACAUUUCCUUUAUGGAAGGUUGAUAUAAAUCGUAUCGUGCUCCGUCUGCACUUGUGUGCGGAUACUUUAACGGCUGUCACGGCUUUUGCACAAAACCUUGGGUCGGCUUUCAAAAGUUCAGAUCCACAACCACCAGCUUUACCGAAAGGGCCAGCUGUAGUUCACCAGAAACCACAACAAGAGGGACGCACACUCAUGUGUUCACAAGAUACUAAAAUCGGCGUCGCCGCAGCUUCUAUAGAGGACCUUGCAUUUAAGAAGGUUCCAGAUGUCGGUCCAGCCCCUGAUAUGAUUUACGACGAUCUACCCACCAAUCUUGAUUACCUCGACGAAUCUUUCGGCGCCGCCGCUGGCUUGAGAGAAAUGGUAGAUGAAGACUUGGAUGAAUUUGAUGAUCAAGAAAUUGAAAAUACUACUUCGUCGAAUGAUCCAAACGUUAUAUCAAAUAUUGGAGGGGAGACCAUCAAGAUUUUUGAUGCUGAAGGUCUUCACAUUGUCGAAGAUUACUUUCUAACAAUACCGCCCGAAAAGUCAAGUGGAAGUUCUUAUUUAUCUCAUAUGAUUACAAAGGCUGAUGUGAAUUUUAGCUCUGGUAAACCAGAUUUCAGCCUCAAGAUUCUCGAUAGUGACUUCACGUUAUUCUUAUACGACGGGUACGAUUGGGUCCAGACCAGACGAACUAUCGAAGAGGAAGUGAAGGAAAUGCGCAAACGGUUGGCCAAAAUACGCCAAUUAGUGGCCAAUGGACAAAUUCAAGAGCCAAUGAUGGAAGAUACAAGUGCUCUUCUCUACAAUUCAGUGCACAUUGGAUUGGAGGACGAUGAAGACCUUUUAGGCGAACCUUCUGCUUUGAUCGCCGCCAUUGACGAAGAGCUGAAAGACGACAUGGAUACAGCAAGUCAAAGCUCAUGGCAGUCGUUGAGACCUUCUAAUGCUGGCGGGAAAUCCAGAGCUCGGUCUCUACGCAUACAUGGGAAGAAAUUGACAAGGGCGAAAACACCAAGCAUGGAAUUUUGCCUUGCAGGAGUCAAUGCGGAAUUUGAUCAAUACCAGCCAGAAGACCCCCUUGUGUCAAGGGCUUUUGUGACAGUCAAGGACCUUGAAAUUUUGGACCACAUAAAGACAUCGACGUGGAAGAAGUUUUUGACGGAGCUUAGAUCGGACUCGAGGGGUAACAUACGAGAAACUGACUCACAUAUGGUACGAAUCGAACUUCGUACUGUUCGCCCUGUUUCCGGUAACUCUUCAGAAGAGGCUAGACUGAGAGCUAAGAUCCUCCCUCUGAGGCUAUACGUUGACCAAGACGCGGUCGAUUUUCUAAAGAAGUUCUUCAGCUUCAAAGACCCUCACGCGGUUCCCAGUGCUGAAUCGCAAUCCGAUGACAACGAAGCAUAUAUUCAAUUGGCUGAAAUAUUCCCUAUCGAUCUUAAACUAGACUAUAAGCCACGUCGAGUCGACUAUAGAGCAUUGAAGGAGGGAAGGACAAUUGAGCUGAUGAACUUCUUCCAUUUCGAUGGAGCAGAAAUGACGCUUCGCCAUAUCACUUUAACUGGUGUGACUGGAUGGCCAAAACUCUUUGAGAUGUUGAAUGACUUAUGGACGCCUGACGUGAAAGCCACACAACUUGUAGAGGUUAUUUCUGGAGUUGCCCCCAUUCGUUCCAUGGUUAAUGUUGGCUCCGGUGUCGCCGACCUUAUUCUGUUACCUAUCGCGCAAUACAAGAAAGACGGACGAAUUGUUCGCGGUAUGCAGAAGGGCGCUACCGCGUUUGUCAAAUCUACGGCAGUGGAAGCUAUCAGAAUGGGGGCCAAACUCGCCACGGGAACCCAGGUCGUUUUGGAGCAAGCAGAAGGCGUGUUAGGUGGUCAAUUUGAUACAUCGAUCACAGCAGAGCCUCUCCAAGUUCCAACAGGCGACGAGUUCAACUAUGAGAAUGAGGAAGAGGAAGUCCCCUCAGACCUGAUUUCCAAAUAUGCUUAUCAACGCACGGACCUCAGGGAAGGCGUGCAGUCAGCUUACAAGAGCCUCCAACGAAACCUAAGCUCUGCGGCACAGACUAUUUUGGCUGUUCCUAUGGAGGUUUACGAACGUUCUGGAAAUGAGGGUCCUGUGCGAUCUGUUGUCAGGGCAGUACCUAUUGCUGUCCUAAAGCCCAUGAUCGGCGCGAGUGAGGCGGUCAGCAAAACCCUGCUCGGUCUGCACAACACAUUGGAUCCUAACGUCCGGCACGAGAACGAGGCGAAAUACAAGUCGCGAUGA